AUGAUGUACAGAGUCGUUUUAACCAUUACUCACUUCCUCUUCAUCCGUGUCUGCAUUACACGUGGCAGUAAACCAGAAGGACAUCCAGAUGAAUUGAUUCUUCUCGGGUUCUAUGAUGCUGUAAUCCGUGCCUACAAGUCCACUCGGUCGUCUCAUGCUAAAUUGCUUGUGCGCGAUUCCCUAUUGCUAAUGAAUGAAGUGCUACCGGAUGUGAGUGAGUCUGCCCUAUCCCGGUGGCUACAGGACAAACUGAAGUUGAAACACUCCCGGAUCCGAGGGCGGGUUGAUGUGAACACCUACGACCGACCUGAAUGUCGUGAACCGACUCGCUUAUCCGACUGGGUGGAAAUCCAUACACAUGCACAAACAUGCCAACAAGGAGUGCAAAUCGCUCGAAGUCUGCAUCAAUUUUACCCCAAUAUCACUGCGCGUUUGGCCGUGACAGAAACUUGCAACUCGACAACCAUUUCAAAAGAUCUUUCCAAACAAAUUUACUGGUAUUUCAAGCAACCCGAUAAAGCUUUUCUGUGGCUUCGUCUCGCUAAACUCUCGCAAAGACGAUACAUUUUAGUUGGGCGUGAUUUGGAUUAUUUGACCAAAGAUAGCGAUUUGAAACGCUUGUUAAACAUAAUAUGCACCGAUCAGGCGGAUAUUGUAGGUGGAGCGGUACGUUGGGAGCCUGAAAGACACUGGGAUCUAGGUUGUUAUCAGACAUCUCUGCGCAAUUUCACAUUCCGUAUGCAACCGGGUUACGAACUAUCAACGGACUCAUGCGCUUAUUGCGAUCACCUGAUCUCCCCGUUCCUCGUUUCUCGUCUCCUGUUCAUUCGCGGAAUGCGUUACUCGUCUCUGCCCGGUCCGAUCGCUUUCGUUGAUCUGUUUGCUCGUUUGACUCAUAGUGGGCUGGAUGUGGUGGAACAACCGCGGGCAGUGGCCUGCACGGAUGUGCUGUUUCACUUGCGUUCGCCCGAGCACAAACUGGAUCAGUUCGAAAGAGAACAGUGGUCCAUGUUGGUUCAUAAGUGGAAAUUAAAUAGAAUUCAACUUUCCCUGCUGGUCGAUCACAAAUGGGAUUGCCAGGAGGCCGGAAUACAAUGCGACACAUUCGUACGAUCUGGACUGUUAAUGCCUCCGUGUUGUUUACGGGAACAAAAUCGGUGUUUCAAAGGAUUUCUCAAAUUGUGUUCCUCUUUGGCGGUCAAAACGCGUAUGCAUGGAGACUAUUUGACGGGGAUGUUCAACCCCUUAGCUGGAGAUAGCCCAUGGCAAUCAGCUUUGGAAAUUCAAUGGAAUCACCCGGAGUAUGAGGUCAUUAUGAAAAAUAUUACUGAUCCGUUAUACACGAAAUACGGUUGUCAAUUAUCGGAAGUGAGUAAAUAUGACAGUGGUCAGUUGAUAUUAAGUUCGAAGAAUUGGCAAUGGACAACACGAGGUGAACUGCUGAUCACCAACCAAUCCAAUCGCAUGAAUUCGACCACUUUAACUAGACCUACUUUGGUCAAUGUGAAUGGAUUUUGGACAGAAACACAUUUCAAUCCCGGACUGGUCAUGUCUCGUUCACUGUUCAUGACUUUAGAAUAUGCGUCUUCGGAGAUUGAAGACAAUUUUUGGAAUACCGGAAUGGAACUGAUUCCGGUACCGUUCUGUGCGGCACAUCAGUUACGUGCUAAUUGUUUGAGUGGGAAUUUCCUCCCAUUAGGCAAUUUGCAAUAUCAAGAGUCGGAAUAUUGCAUGCAACAUUUGUAUAUGUGA